GCGCGCCGCUUUGCGCAAUUCGGUACAUUCGAAAGUGAUGUGCUUGUGCCACAAAGGGCUUAUUCUCGAGUGAAGGGAUUCUGCCAAAUCUACGAGCAAAGAUGGGAAGGGGUGAAAAAAAAGGGACUAUAGUCCUGGAAAAUUUCAAUUCCACUGCGAAUCUUGCUGCAAAUCCAGGAUUCCAGUCCACAUUGAGUCUAGGAUCUAAAGAAAUAAUCAAUGAAAAACCGUACAACCCGUUUGAGCAUCGACAAGUUGAUCAUCCGACAUCAACGUUAGGUUCUCUUGCACAUCUGCUGAAGUCAUCACUGGGAUCAGGAAUCCUAGCCAUGCCCGCCGCCUUCAAAAACGCCGGCCUGGUCGCCGGCGGCAUCGGCACUAUAGUAAUUGGAUUCAUAUGUACGCAUUGCGUUUAUAUUCUUGUAAAAACGUCACAGGAAGUGUGCGUGGAAGCUAAGAAGCCAUCUAUGGGCUUUGCAGAAACCUGUGGAGCCGCCUUCGAGUAUGGACCCAAAAAACUCAGACCUUGGGCUAAAUUUGCCAGAACGUUCAUAGACUACGCAUUAACGUGCACCUACUUGGCAGCUCUUUGUGUUUAUGUGGUGUUCAUCGCGGAAAAUUUUAAAGAGGUGCUCGACGAAUACGUCCCAGAUUACAAGCUUUCCGUGGAAACUUACUGCGCGUUGACCUUAGUUCCUUUGGUCCUCAUCUGCCAAAUCAGAAACCUCAAAUGGCUGGUGCCAUUCUCUGCAAUCGCCAACGUUCUCCUCGUUAUAUGCUUUACCAUCACCAUGUAUUAUAUUUUCACUGGACUUCCUAAUCCUAAAGAACGAGAAAUGGUAGCCAGUGUCACACAGUGGCCUUUAUUCAUAAGCACUGUAAUCUUCGCCAUGGAAGGUAUCGGCGUGGUAAUGCCAGUCGAGAACGAGAUGGCAAAGCCUGAACAGUUCCUUGGCUGCCCUGGUGUCCUCAAUGUCGCCAUGACUGUCGUCAUCUCAUUAUACGGCAUUGUGGGUUUCUUCGGAUAUAUCAAAUAUGGCGACGAUGUUAGGGGAAGCGUGACUUUAAAUUUGCCACAAGAAGAAGUGCUUGCCCAAAGUGCCAAGAUUCUUAUGGCCCUAGCGAUCCUCUUCACCUACAGCUUGCAAUUCUAUGUACCCAUGGAGAUGAUCUGGAGACAGGUACACAAUAAGAUCUCCGUUCGUUACCAUAACGUCACACAAAUCGCUAUAAGAACGGCAGCCGUUGUAGGCUCUGUCGCUCUUGCCGCCGCGUUUCCGGACUUGGAACUUUUCAUUAGUCUGUGUGGAGCCAUCUUUCUUUCAAGUCUCGGGCUCCUCACUCCCGCUAUCAUCGACACCGUCCACAAGUGGAACAGAGGAUUGGGCUUCGGCAACUGGAUCCUCUGGAAAAAUAUUUUAGUUUCCAUCAUCUCUCUGAUCGCUCUCUUCGCCGGGUCUUACGUUUCUAUAAAAGGAAUGGCUGAAAAAUUCAGUCACACGCCUGUAUUGGAAAUCCCUAUUAAUCAGACUUUAAGCGUUAACUCCACUGUCGUCUAAGGUUGUGAUUUGUGUUCUAGUUUUUAAGUUUAAUUGUUUUUUUUUAUAUGUAUAUAUAUAUAGUAGAAUUAGAGCUCUUUGUGAAAAAGUUCGUUCAGGGAAAUUGUGCCACCUUACCAGUUUCUGCCG